GUUUACCUGAGAUGGAAGAUCUUAAUAUUAAGAAAAAGCCAGGUGAUGAAUUUUUAUCGGUGGAUUCUUCCAAGAUGUAUUUUGUUGAUCGUGAAAUGACAAGAUCUCCUGGGGAUCUUUCUUAG